AUGGCUAAAAUGUUCAAGAACACACACUCAAAGAUCCAACAGGAGACUCCCAAGGCCAACAUGUUGAAGAGGUUUGGUGGAAAAUUCAGAAAGGCGUUCUCCAAGAAGAAGCAGCCUGCGGCCCAAAUGGCGUGUGAAGCCCAUGUUCAGGAUGUCCAGCCUGAAACAAAAGCACUGCCGAACCUCUCUGCAGAGGAGACUGAGACUGAAUUGCCAUCUACAGAGAAUAGGCCAGAUUUUGCUCCAACACAAUUUAGUGUUGAUGAAGAACUGCAACUUUCAGACAACACCUCUCAGCAGCUCGCAGCAGCUGGGGCACGGGACCGUGCUGUCAACUCUCUUAGACCGGUGUCCCAAAAGGCCCAAAAAGAGGCCCCAUUACAGAGUCCUGUGGGAGUUGCGACUUCGACUUCACAGGAGUCAACGCCUUCUUCAAGCUCCGGAAACUCAACACCAACCUCCAUGGACGGGCUCAACACCGGUAGGCUUUCCCGACCAUGGCUCAAUACACAGCCAACUUUGGCACACACAGACCGCAACACCCUUCGUCGGUCUAAUAGUGUACCACCUUCGUCCUCGUCGCCCGCUACGGGAGCCUCGAGUGAUACCCUUUACAAUACGCCCCGCCACUCAGACACAUCCCCACUCCCUUCCCUAAUCAAGUUCCGUCAAGCUGUGGAUGAGCAUAGAGGGUCGAGCGGAAAGUGCCAGAAGGCACUUGCCGAAUAUCUAAACAGCGGAGAAACGGAAAAGGGGAACACGGAAUGGGCGGCUCUUGUGGAGUGGAUAAAAAUGGGCCAUCAAGCCGAGGUCAACAACCUUGAGACAGAACACGCUGCAAAGGUUGAGAGACUACACCAAGAGCGUAGCGAGGCACGUCGACGUUUGGAGCUGCGAAACCGUGAGCUCAGAGCCAUGAAGCGGGAAAUGAAGGAUCUCAAGGUGUCUCUUGAGGAGACGAACAAGAUUCAAAAAGAGAUCCACCCAGCCCUCAACCCUGAAUCAGCUGAUGCUUCUGAUGCAGAGAGCGUGGACGAGGAUGAAGGUGGCGUUGAUCUGUCUACCAACAAUGUUGCACCAACCAACGCGGCGGAAGACUCUCGUGGAAUGGAUGUCGGCGGAAUGAAAGACGCAGACCGCGGUCGCAACUAUACCAAGGACGACAAACAGGAAACCAAGGAGCCCAGAAACGAGACAGCGAAAGACAAUAGAGAACACCAGAGAGCGCUGAAGCAGCAACUGCUGGAAGACUCAGCACCUGAAUUCACAGAGUCGCAGACGGGCGCGCAAGCCGUGCAGCCAGCAGCUAUUGGGGAAUUCGAAACCAGCAACACGCAGCAAGCCACGAUCACUUUUGAUGGUGACAACCAAGGAAUAUUGAUAGAAGUCAAGGAGCUCCAGGACUACAACAGAGCCCUAAAAGCUAAUUUGGCUUUCACGCGGGAAGUGGUUGGACACCUGACCAUGGAAGCAGAAUCGGCGAAGGGAGAGAUCAACAAGUUGAGAGGCGAAAAUCACUUCGCCCAGCUCGAAGUGGGCCACUGCAACGCGGCCAACGCGUAUUACCGUGCUGCAGCCGAGGAUGAUAAUCCAGCUCGCACGGCACAUAUUGAUGGUCUGUUGAAGCGAAAAGAUGAAGCGCACGCCGAGCUUGAGAGGCGUGCUGCAGAAUGUGCUCAGGAGCUCGCGGAGGAGAAAAUGGAGAGAGCUGUUGACGACGUCUACUCGGCUAGACAUAUUCAAGGCUUGAAAAAAGAGUUGGCCCACCGCCUCAACAUGAUCAGAGCUUUGACUGAAGGCAGAGCUAUUCUGAAGCAACAGAAUGAUGACAUUCUUCGAAUGUUCAAGGGCAAGAUUUUCCAAAACGAUACCGUCAAGGCUUUCCUCCACGACAACGACACCAUGCAGAAAGACAACGCGCUGCUGAUCAAAAUGAUCAACGAGCGCCAGUGCUACGUCCUAGAGGCCGAGAAGGGAAUCGCCGACCUGAAAGCCGAGAAGAUCAUGGACGAGCGCGCCGCACAGGCCGACAGACUGAAGCAACGCCAACUGCAACAGAGCCUGAACGGCCUCACAUACAUCAACCACCACCUCAACACCAAAGUCGAAAUCCGCGAAGAGAUGCACGAGGAGCUGAAAGAAGAACUCGAACGCCAAUUAUCGCAGCAAGCGGACGAGAUCCAGCGCCUCCUCGCCCACGGCGCCGACGCCGAACUCACGCGACGCCUCCACAGCCAGAGCGGCCAGAUCGCCUUCCUCGACGCCGAACUGACGCAGGCGCACAGCCUCGCGCAGCAGUGGCGACUGCGGGCCGUGGAGCUGCGCGGCGAUUUUUGCCCGCUGUACAACGGCGACGAAGUGGGCGACUGGGACGCGGAGGAGACGCGGUGGCGUCUGGUCCAUGCGGAGCGGCAGAACGCGGACUUGCAGCGGGCGCUGAGGCGGUUGGAGCGGGAGGGGAGGGGUGCGAGGGUUCUGGAGCGCGGGCACGAUGGGUCGAAGUGGCUCGGGGAUAGGGCGGAGGCUAGGAGGGAGAUGGAGAGGGCGAGUGGGAUGGAGUGA